AUGAAUAUUUUAAAGCAGAUAUUCUUUAUUUAUUUGAUAAUUCAUCUUGUAAAAUCUGAUCCAAUAAAUCGUAAUAUUAAAAUUGAUGGUAAUUUUGAUGAUUGGAAAAAUGUUCCAUCUUAUACUGAUCCAGAAGAUAAUAUCGAUGGUACAGUUUAUGAUCAAAGUCCAUGGUUUCCUUCCCUAAAAUUUCCUGAUUGUCAUGAUACAGAUACUCGUCAACCAGAUCCUAUACCAAAACAUAUUUAUAAUCCAAAUGUGAAUAUAGUUGAAUUUAAAAUAGCUCACGAUGAUACAUCUUUAUAUGCCUAUUAUCGUGUAGUUGAUGGUGGAGUUAUUGGUAAGACUUCUAUUGGACCAAAUGAAUUUAAUAAAAAUGAUCCAUCACAAUCGUCAGCUGGAAGAUAUUAUGUAAUAGCUACAGUUGAUAUUGAUAAUGAUAAUACAACAGGUUACUGGUUACAUGGAGGUGGUUAUCAUCCAACUGCACCAGGAUUUGAUGGAAAUUUUGAAGUCGAAUUUUUUAAUGGUUCAUUUAAUCAAGAUGUUUAUCUCAAUCAUGCCGCUAAUAACGAUACGGAAGUAAAUUAUUUAAAACAUGAAAAUAAAAGGAAUCAAUUUAUAUUUGGUCCAGCAAUUUAUGAGUCUUACACGGAAUACAUUUAUUGGAAACAUAAACCAACUGAAAGUGAAAGUAAACGAUGUUUAGAUGGACCAUAUCAACUACCUGGUCCGUAUAGUAAUAAUUACAUAUGUUUUACUCAAGACAAAGCACCUGGACCAUUUACUGGUAUAAUUAGUUAUUCUCGAAGUGAAAAAGGUAAUGAAUUUGAAAUGCGAGCACCAUUUGAAGGAUUCUUAUUGAACAAAGAUACCGGUCGACCAACUCUUCAAUUAGGAAUGACAAUAAACAUAUCAUUAUCAUUAGAAACAAGUGGAGAAGAUUCAACACCACGAGAUUGGUCCUCGGAUACAGCUGCGACAAUUCAGUAUACGUUAUCUGACAGUACUGCACAAAUAUUCAAUUAUAACUUAUUGCUUUUUUUUUACUUAUUUUUUUUUCUUAUUUAA